AUGCCGCCACGUGCCGGAGCAGUGCACCGCACUGAAAGCAUGACUAAAGGCGAGCCAUCGAGCCACGUGUACGGCGCCCUGGUGGACGGCGUGUUCCACGGCGCCAUCCAGUCGAGGUCGGGUCGCUACUACGUGGAGAACGCGCGACGGUUCUUCUCAGGACCCAAGCCUUUCCACUCGGUGCUCUACGACGCCAGGGACGCGCGCUUUCCGGACACCGGCGCGCCUGGCGGCUGGUCCGUCAUCCGUCGGGACACAGUCCAGCGCUGGACGGCGAGUCCUAAAACGCGAACGGCAGGGCAUCUUCCAAGAACCGCGGCAAAACCAAGCUGCCUGACGCACGCUUUGGACGUGGAGGGGACGGGCAACGCGUCGGGGCGCAUAUUGCCCGUCUACUCUCGGCGCGUGUGCAACUUGAAGGUGUCCGUGGACCACCUGCUGUACGAGCACAUCUACAGAGGGGAGCAGAAUCCAUCGCGUACGCGCGCCCGCAUCACGGCGCUGAUCGCGUCACACGUGAACCGCGCCAGCGCCGUCUAUCGGCGCACCAGCUUUGGAGGCAUCCAGGACAUCAGCUUCAUCGUCCAGAAGAUCAGGUGGGUCAAGGGCGGCAUCUGCGAGAAGAACCGACCGUCCGUGGACCAGGAUCCCGGCACGACCGAGUUCCGCCAGUUCUACCUGAGCCUCAACUCGGGCGUCCUAACGUUCCUCAACUACAAUAGCCCGGUGUCGCAGGCUGUCUCCGAACUCACCUUCUGUCACGAGAUCGGACACAACUUCGGAUCAGCCCAUUAUUUAACUGUAGGAUCUAAGCAUGAUUCGCCACCUGGUGUCAGCUGCUUCGGUGCGUGCGCCCCUUGCGGCGUUCGCGGCAACUACCUCAUGUUCCCUACGGCGACCAAGGGCUCCGAGUUCAACAACGACAAGUUCUCGCCCUGCAGCAUACGCAAUAUUACCGACGUCCUCAAACCGAUGUUCGAAGGUCGAAGCAACCGCGAGAACUGCUUCCAGGUGGACAGUGGCCCCAUCUGCGGCAACGAUAUCGUGGAAGAGAACGAAGACUGCGACUGCUGGCUUCUUCGCCAACGACUGCCAGGAGAACUGCUGUUACCCACGCCACAAUGCGCUCGGUGCACCCGGAUGCACGCUGCGCAAGGGCAAGGACUGCAGGUUCCCAUCCCGUUCACAUUCAAGACCACUUACAGCCGUGAGCAUGCUCUACAAGAACGCUCCAAAGCGUGUCCUGAAACUGUUUGA